UAAGGUCCUCUAAUCAUCUCUAUGGUGACAGCUUGUCAGUUUCGCCUUCAUUUCCUCCAGAAAAUAACAACAACAAAGACAUAUUGAUAGAACAUUUGUCUUAAAAUAGUCUCGAACAAAGGAAUACACCCUGAAUCGGAGAGAAGAAGCCCAGUCAGCAAUGCUGACAGAUGCAGGUUAUACAGGGAAUGCUGCAGGUGUUCGCCGAGCCAAGAAAAGCAGGACAGCAAUGGAGUCACCCGGGGACAGUCAGUCGUCCCUUCGCUCCUCUGGUAGACAGGUCAACGUCAGAGUGAAACGCUGCAAUAAUCCUCCACCUGGACAGACUAAAAGAAAAGCCACUGAUACAGAAGAGGAAGAGGACCAAUCAGAGAAGAAAUACAGGAAGUGUGAGAAGGCAGGAUGCUCUGCUACAUACCCUGUGUGCUUUGCUAGUGCCUCAGAAAGGUGUGCCAAAAAUGGCUACACUUCACGAUGGUACCAUUUGUCCUGUGGGGAGCACUUUUGCAAUGAGUGUUUUGAUCACUACUACAGAAGUCACAAAGAUGGCUAUGAGACUUAUGCAUCCUGGAAAAGAGUAUGGACUAGUAAUGGGAAAAGUGAGCCCAGUCUCAAAGCUUUUAUGGCUGACCAACAGCUCCCAUACUGGGUCCAAUGCACCAAGUCAGACUGUGGGAAAUGGCGUCAGCUAACGAAGGAUAUCCAGCUCACUGCCUCAUUAGCAUCCACUUAUCGUUGUGGCAUGAAGUUCAACAAUGUCAAGACAGAAGGGCCAGACCAGUGCUGUCUUCCAGAGGAUUUGAGAGUGGCGGAGGUGAUUGACAGCUGGUGGCAUUCCAUGCUGAUCCUGCCUCCAUUGUUUAAGGAUAGCCCAGCCAGCCCUUUCCUCACUGCCUACUAUCCCGACUGUGUGGGCAUGAGCCCCUCGGGGUCGACCAGCAACCUCUCUCAUGCUGAGCUGAGGGCAGAGCACUGCAGAGCCAUCCCGCCUCAGAUUCCAGGGCUGUCCCCGUACUUUCAGCCUUUCUACCAGCCUAAUGAGUGUGGGAAGGCAUUGUGCGUGCGACCAGAUAUGAUGGAGCUGGAUGAGCUUUAUGAGUUUCCAGAGUUUUCCCGUGACCCCACCAUGUACCUGGCCCUGCGCAACCUCAUCUUGGCAUACUGGCACAGGGACUGUAAGGAAGUGCUGACUCCCCAGAAGUGCGCACCCCACAUCAUCGUGCGGGGACUGGUGCGGGUCCGCUGUGUGCAGGAGAUGGACCGGGUGCUGCACUUCGUGACCAGGAAGGGUCUCAUCAACACUGGCGUUCUGUCGGUCAAACGGCCCCUGCUUCCGGAGCGCUAUCACAACAAGAACGUGAUUGUGAUCGGAGCUGGUGCAUCCGGGCUGGCAGCUGCACGACAACUCCAAAACUUUGGCAUGCAGGUAGUGGUUCUGGAGGCGAGGGAGCGAAUUGGAGGGCGGGUGUGGGACGACACAUCGCUGGGCGGCAUCACUGUGGGUCGGGGCGCUCAGAUCGUGAACGGAUGUGUAAACAACCCCAUCGCCCUAAUGAGCGAGCAGUUGAACGUGAAAAUGCACAAGCUGGGAGAGAGAUGUGACCUCUUCCAGGAGGGAGGCAGUGCUACAGACCCGGCUAUCGACAAGCGCAUGGACUUCCAUUUCAACGCCAUCCUGGAUGUGGUUUCCGAGUGGAGGAAGGACAAGUCUCAGAACCAGGACGCUGCCCUUGGAGAGAAAAUCCAGGAGGUUUACAAAACCUUCCUUCAGGAGUCUGGGAUCCAGUUCAGCGAGUUGGAGGAGAAGGUUCUUCAGUUCCAUCUCAGCAACUUGGAGUAUGCCUGUGGGAGCACACUGGACCAGGUGUCUGCUCGAUCCUGGGACCACAACGAGUUCUUCGCCCAGUUCUCAGGAGACCACACCCUGCUGACUGGAGGCUACUCCUCCCUGCUGAACAAGCUGGCCGAGGGCCUCGACAUCCACAUUAAGUGCCCGGUGCAAGCUAUUGACUACUCAGGGGAUGCCGUUAUAGUUACCUCAUCAAAUGGCACUCAGUGGACAGCACAGAAGGUUCUGGUGACAGUCCCGUUGACUUUACUUCAGAAGAAUAUCAUUCAAUUCAACCCUGCUCUUCCUGAGAGGAAGCUGAAAGCCAUCCACAGUCUUGGAGCAGGUGUGAUUGAAAAGGUUGCUCUCCAGUUCCCUUACCGCUUUUGGGACAGCAAGAUUCAAGGAGCAGACUACUUUGGUCAUAUUCCACCCAGUCCAGACAAGAGAGGGAUGUUUAGUGUGUUUUACGACAUGGAUCCACAGGGAAAACGGAGUGUCCUCAUGUCUGUCAUAACUGGGGAAGCUGUGACUUCUAUCAGAGACAUGGAGGACAAAGAUGUUGCCAAUCAGUGCAUGAAGGUCCUGCGUGAGCUCUUCAAGGAGCAGGAGGUCCCAGAGCCAGUGAAGUACUUUGUGACACGGUGGAGUAGAGAUGUGUGGUCUCAGAUGUCAUACAGCUUUGUUAAGACUGGAGGUAGUGGGGAGGCCUAUGACAUGAUCGCUGAAGACGUGCAAGGAAAAGUGUUCUUUGCUGGGGAGGCGACGAACAGGCACUUUCCUCAGACUGUAACAGGGGCCUACUUGAGUGGUGUCCGAGAAGCCAGUAAAAUUGCCGCCUUAUAACUCCUUCCCUGUGAGCAGGGGGUCUAACAAUACAAGCAUGAAGGCACAUUGGUUGUAAAGAGCGUUCAGUUCUUUACUCAUGUGAAUCACUACUCUUAAGUGGUGUUUUCUCCUGUUUGUGUAUUCUGUGCGUGAGUUAUGAUGACCAUUGAUUUUUCAAAUGCUGCAAUGUUAUGUUUUUUUGUUUGUUUGUUUAACGGUAAAUAUGACACACAUACUGUUCUAAUAAGUUGGAGAUCACUAUAAUGAGGCAUUAAGGAUUGGCAGCAGAUAUGCCUAAACAAUGGACAAUUUGAUGGACAAUUGGAAAUCUCAUGAAUAUUUGCCAUGUUUCCAUGAUAUUUAUUGAGUGAGGUUCAUAACAAUGUUAGUAUAUCAUGAAGUGAUUUUAAAUUUUCAAUGUGUGUUUACAAUGCGCACUUAAAGUAAUAUGGUCUAAGUUUAAAAAAGAUAAAUUAGUACGUUUUGCAUUAGCACUUUUUUUGUUUUAUAAUGAUGAAUGAAUUCAUUAUAAUUUCUGUUUCCAGAGAAUACCUGGGUCUGAAUAUUUACCAUUGUAAGAAAUACCAAAUAACAUGGGACAUUUGUCUUUAAUCCGUGACAGGUUAAUGUUAAGACGGUUGGUAUUGUUUGUACUUGCAUUGUUUUAGCAAAUAUGUUUGGAAAAGGUUACACGUAAUUGAGGCUUUAUAAUCACGCUGCAACAAGAUUGAAACAGGAUGUUUAAUCAGUUUUCCUUUCUGUCAUGUUUCCAUAUCCUGUUAGAAGUUUCCAUUUAGAAUAAGAUAUUUUUAAGCGUGUAGCGUAAUAAAUGAAAGACACUAGCCUACUUAA